AUGAAGCUCUCUUCAGUUCUCCUUGGCGCACUACUGGCCGUUGAGGCCUCGUGUGCAGCCACACCUCGGGCAGAUGACUACAGCCAGCUACAAGAUCUCGCGAAGCAAGCUGAGGACAUCGCGAAAGCUCAGUUGCAAGCUGCAUCGUCUAAGCGGGCACCAGCGCCCCCUGGUAAAUGCACAUUGCAGAACCUCCAAAUCCGGCGAGAAUGGAGCACACUAUCCAAGGAGGACAGGAAGGCGUACACAGAUGCUUGCAACUGCCUAGCCAAGAAACCGGCGAAGACGCCCGCUGGUGUUUCUUCAGGCGCUAAGUCGAGAUGGGAUGACUUCACUGCUACCCACAUCGCGCAAACUCCCACAAUUCACUUCACCGGCAGCUUUCUGACAUGGCAUCGAUGGUUCACCUGGAAUAUGGAGCAGGCUCUUCGCAAUGAAUGCGGCUACAAGGGUCCGAUGCCCUACUGGGACUGGGCUCAGACAGCGAAUACCGGACUUACCAAGCAUCCAUUGUUCGAUGGCUCAGCGUAUUCUAUGAGCGGUGAUGGUGCCAAGGUCCAACAGACCGGCGACAUUGUUCUCUCGCAGCCCUCACUACCAGAUAUUCACCUGCCAACCGCAAACGGCGGUGGCUGUGUCACGUCAGGCCCUUUUAAGGACUGGAAGGUCAACUUGGGCCCUCAACAGCUGUCCGUGCCGGGUGGCGCGAUCGUCGGGCCCCCAUCUGGAAACCCUCUCGAUUACAACCCACGUUGUCUGAAGCGUGAUCUAACCGACUGGGUCAACAGACGGUACGCCAACGCCAGCUCUGUCAUUGAUACCAUCAGGCGCAAUUCUAUUUACGAGUUCCAAGGUCGCAUGCAAGGAAAUCUCCCUUUGGCGGAGACGGGCGGUCAACCAGACAUCGGCAUCCACGGUGGUCCUCACUACGCUUUGGGAGGUGACCCAGGUCGUGAUGUCGGUGUUUCAUCGUCAGACCCUGCGUUCUUCCUGCACCAUGGCAUGAUUGAUCGAGCAUACUGGAUCUGGCAGAUGCUCGACUACUACCCAAGAACCUACGGCGACAACGCCAUCAACGGCACCGGAACGUUCUUGAAUAUGCCGCCUUCGGCACCCCAGACCCUCGACACCGUUCUCUCACAGCAGUACGUCACUGAUCAAUCCUUCAAGAUCAGGGACCUUGUCUCAACGACAGCUGGUCCUUUCUGCUACAUCUAUCUGUAG